CAAAGAGAGCCUACUGUGAAAAUGGAGAACUUCUGGAAAAUUCCAGUUUUCUUCCUUGUAUGCAGUUUUCUGGGACCCUGGGUAUCUGCAACUCCUAAGCGUCGUCCAAGAUUUCCUGCCAAUUCCAUUUCUAAUGGUGGAAGUGAACUGUGUCCCAAGAUCAGGAUGGGCCAGGAUGACUUGCCAGGCUUUGACCUGAUUUCUCAGUUCCAAAUUGAGAAGGCUGCAUCCCGAAGGACUAUCCAGAGGGUGGUGGGAUCCACAGCAUUACAAGUGGCUUACAAGCUGGGAAGUAAUGUAGACUUCAGGAUUCCAACAAGGCAUUUGUAUCCCAGUGGACUGCCUGAAGAAUAUUCCUUUUUAACUACUUUCCGGAUGACUGGCAGCACACUUGAAAAGCACUGGAACAUUUGGCAGAUCCAGGAUUCUUCAGGGAGGGAGCAAGUUGGCGUGAAGAUAAAUGGCCAAACAAAGUCUGUCGCAUUUUCAUACAAGGGACUGGAUGGGAGUCUUCAAAUGGCAGACUUCUUGAAUUUGCAAUCCUUGUUUGACUCCCGGUGGCAUAAGCUCAUGAUUGGCGUGGAAAGAACAAGCGCCACUCUUUUUAUUGACUGCAUCAGGAUCGAAUCCUUACCUAUAAAGCCGAGAGGCCAGAUUGAUGCUGAUGGUUUUGCUGUGCUGGGAAAACUUGUGGACAAUCCUGAGGUUUCUGUUCCCUUUGAACUCCAAUGGAUGCUGAUCCACUGUGACCCCCUGAGACCAAGGAGAGAAACGUGUCACGAGCUGCCAGUCAGAAUCACACCAUCACGAACCACGGAAGAGAGAGGUCCUCCGGGUGAGCAGGGGCCUCCAGGGCCUCCCGGGCCUCCUGGAGUUCCGGGCAUAGAUGGCAUUGAUGGUGACCGAGGUCCAAAAGGUCCCCCCGGACCUCCGGGUCCUCCUGGAGACCCCGGCAAGCCAGGAGCACCAGGCAAGCCAGGCACACCAGGAGCUGAUGGAUUAACAGGACCUGAUGGGUCCCCUGGCUCCGUUGGACCAAGGGGACAAAAAGGAGAACCUGGCGUGCCUGGGUCUCGUGGAUUUCCAGGCCGUGGUAUUCCAGGACCCCCUGGUCCUCCUGGGACCACAGGACUUCCUGGAGAACUUGGCCGUGUAGGCCCUAUUGGUGACCCUGGGAAAAGAGGACCACCUGGCCCCCCUGGACCCCCAGGACCUAGUGGAACAAUUGGAUUUCAUGAUGGAGACCCAUUGUGCCCCAAUUCCUGCCCACCGGGUCGCUCAGGAUAUCCGGGCCUACCAGGCAUGAGGGGCCAUAAAGGGGCGAAAGGAGAAGUUGGCGAGCCGGGAAGACAAGGACACAAGGGUGAAGAAGGUGACCAGGGGGAACUGGGAGAAGUUGGCGCUCAAGGACCUCCAGGAGCUCAAGGUCUCAGAGGCAUCACUGGCAUAGUUGGCGACAAAGGAGAAAAAGGUGCACGGGGAUUUGAUGGAGAGCCUGGACCUCAGGGCAUUCCGGGUGCUGCUGGCGAUCAAGGACAGCGGGGACCUCCAGGAGAAACGGGUCCUAAGGGAGACAGAGGCAAUCAAGGUUCCCGAGGAAUUCCUGGAUCCCCGGGGCCAAAAGGAGACACGGGCUUGCCAGGCGUAGAUGGUCGAGACGGAAUACCAGGAAUGCCCGGGACAAAGGGUGAAGCAGGAAAGACUGGACCUCCAGGGGACGUGGGAUUGCAGGGUUUACCAGGCGUGCCUGGAAUCCCUGGUGCAAAAGGUGUUGCCGGUGAAAAGGGUAACACGGGCGCUCCGGGAAAGCCUGGACAGUUGGGAAGUUCAGGAAAACCAGGCCAACAAGGGCCUCCAGGGGAGGUUGGACCUCGGGGACCCAGGGGCCUUCCAGGCAGUAGAGGCCCAGUAGGACCAGAAGGGUCUCCAGGAAUACCAGGGAAACUGGGAUCUGUGGGCAGCCCUGGCCUUCCUGGCUUGCCUGGGCCCCCUGGGCUUCCUGGAAUGAAAGGAGACAGGGGUGUAUUCGGUGAGCCAGGUCCCAAGGGUGAACAGGGUGCCUCUGGUGAAGAAGGUGAAGCAGGAGCAAGGGGUGAUCUUGGAGAUAUGGGAGAACCUGGCCCAAAGGGAUCUGUGGGUAACCCCGGGGAGCCCGGCCUGAGGGGGCCUGAAGGAAUCAGAGGGCUUCCUGGAGUGGAAGGACCGAUAGGACCACCUGGACCCCGGGGUGUGCAGGGAGAGCAGGGUGCUACUGGACUGCCUGGUAUCCAGGGCCCUCCGGGCAGAGCACCGACGGACCAGCACAUCAAGCAGGUUUGCAUGAGAGUCGUGCAAGAGCAUUUUGCAGAAAUGGCAGCUAGCCUCAAGAGACCAGAUGUGGGGGCCUCUGGUCUUCCUGGGAGACCUGGUCCCCCUGGGCCUCCGGGCCCUCCUGGAGAGAACGGUUUUCCUGGUCAGAUGGGAAUCCGUGGCCUCCCAGGCAUUAAGGGUCCCCCUGGUGCUCUUGGCUUAAGAGGACCUAAAGGUGACUUGGGAGAAAAGGGAGAACGUGGCCCUCCAGGAAGAGGUCCUAAGGGUUUGCCUGGAGCGAUAGGUCUCCCGGGUGACCCAGGCCCUGCCAGCUAUGGGAAAAAUGGCCGAGAUGGAGAGCAAGGUCCCCCGGGAGUGGCAGGAAUUCCUGGAGUGCCUGGACCCCCGGGUCCUCCAGGCCCUCCUGGAUUCUGUGAGCCAGCCUCUUGCACCCUGCAGGCUGGUCAAAGAGCAUUUAGCAAAGGACCUGACAAGUGA